CCCAACAUUCGUGUCUUCUGGAAGAAAAGGGGAAGUUGAUAGCCGGAAUUAUCAGUUGCUAUGGAGCUUCAAGUGGACACAGCUAUCGCCUUUGGGUCCAGAAAGAAGAGAGACAAUGACUCUCCACCAGGAAAUCGAUACGCGACGGAGUACGGAGUUAGUCCCCACCUGCGCUGCACUACGAGAGCCUACAAACCUACCAGGUCUAUAGUCGCAACGGGUAUGACUGAUACUAUGGAAUUAUGAGGAGACGGAAGCAUGCCUUACCGUCGAUCCACAUGCACUAUUACAUGUACAAGCUAUCACGAAAUAUGAUGUUACAAAUCGUUGGUUGGUUAUUUUGUUUUUCUUUUCUUUUCCUAGGGCACCGACACAGCGGUCCUUCUGGGGGGGGGGUUGGUUGUGUGGAGCCUGCCUGCUUUACUCUCCCCUCUUCGUUCCUCGUUCCGCCAAGCGAACGACGAAUCUUCAACCUACUACGAAGUUACUACACGACUCAAGGUAUCCAUGUCUUGUCGACUGAUGAGGUUAUGAGACUUUCUGGCCAAUGCUACAUGCAUGAAUGUGCGAAGCACUUUCAUCCACGGACUAUUGCUUCCUAGCCGGCAAAUAAGCUGCGUCUCCGACUAUCGGAUAUUUGUCACCUGACACUC